UUGAGCUCCCCUGACUCACAGCAGCCUGAACGGUACAGAGCAGAGGAUAGAGAGUUUAGCAGCGUCCUCUUAUCUCACGGAGCACGAUAAGAGGACACAAAACUAUGGAGAUUAUUCUAGAAAGACUAAGAUUUGUUUUAUAGAUGAAUGUCACCCGCAAAAGUUUAGGACGUCGCAACUUCGGAAUAAUCUGUCUCUGACUUUUUAAACAUUUGCAUCAUCAGCUGUCGAAAAUGUAUGACUUUGGGAUUAACGCAGUUGGGAUUUUACUUUUUGCCAUUUCUGGCGUGGCUUUUUCCAACUACUCCGAAGACCAGUGCAGCUGGAAAGGCAGUGGUUUGUCCCAGCAGCGGGGCAGCGUGGAGCAGCUUUCCCUCCACUGCUCUGAGGGCACUCUGGACUGGCUGUAUCCCAAAGGAGCCCUGCGCCUCACCCUCUCACCCCGCCUGCCCUCUGUGGCAGUGGGGCCUGGCGGCAGCAGCUCGGGCCUCAUCACGGCCUGCAUCAAGCCCUCAGAGCAGUUCCAUGGAGCCCAGCUGUACCUGGAGAGAGACGGGGUCCUGGAGCUGUUGGUAGGGGACCGCCUGGAGUCCUCUCCCCCACCCAGGGUUCGCUGCUUCAGUCGGCUGCCUGGGGAGAGGGUGGCCCUGUUCCUGCAAGCUACACCUCAUCAGGACAUCAGCAGGAGGAUCGCUUCCUUUCACUAUGAGCUGAGAGGGGACUGGACCGCUCGCCUGUCACUGGACUCCAACGUCAUCAGCAGUGAAGAUGCCUGCAGACCCUGCAACAACACAGAGAUUCUCAUGGCCGUUUGCACCAGUGACUUUGUGGUGCGAGGUAACAUUCGUUCUGUGGAGGAAGAUGAGAACCUACGAGCAGCAGUGAUCAAGGUCAGCGCUACCCGAGUGUUUCGUCAGAAGUACACACUCUUCACAGGCAACAGUCGCCUGGCCAGCAAGGGAGAGAUCAGGACUCUGCUGCAGUGUGGUGUUAAACCUGGGCCCGGCAGCUUCCUUUUCACUGGUCGGGUCCACUUUGGGGAGGCCUGGUUGGGCUGCGCUCCCCGCUACAAGGACUUCCAGCAGGCUUACACUAUAGCCAAAGCAGCCCAGCAGAUACCCUGUGAACUGCCUGUAGACUGAGUUAGAAACUCAGGAGGACCUCGUCUACCAUGCAGAAUCGAGGCUAUAGCAAAAGCCUGGCUAAACUCAGCCCUGUUCUGUGAUUCGGAAGCAGCCACAAUGUGCAACUAAUGGCUGAUGUGGCCAUGGUGCCACCAAUGUAUAUUCCAGUAUCAAGGGCUGAGGAGUGAAAUGGACUUUUCCCAGCACCAUUUCAGUGCAAUAUGCAGUCACCUGGUCUUAAAGACCCAAGGAAGUUAUGACAUAAGGGGCAUGGUGGAAAUGUAAAUGAUAAGUAUAUGGCAUUUGACUGGUUUUACACAUGAUAAUGCUAUUAUGCUGGUUCAGAAAAAAUCUGUUGAAAAGUUUUUCUUUCAGGACAAAUUCAGUCAAGCCAUUAAUUCAGGCCUGUUAAGAGUCAUUGCUUAGAAACUCAGGUAAAUUUAUGAAAGGCUCUAUAGAUGGCUUACUGCCUCUUAGUUGAUAUCCUGGUGAGAAACCACUUUAGUCACGUGUGUCUGAGAUUUCAAAAUGGCUACCUUUUGUUCAGAAAAUGUUUGGCUAUGGGACGGUGAUAUUUAGGUGGUUACCCCUGUGCAGGGCUACUCCUUAGUGUUGUUGUUAUUAAGGAGAUUAUACAAAAAAGUCCUCAAAAUAUUUGCACUGACAAAGAAAAGGGAGUGAUCUGGAAAGUGUGAUGCUGCAAGCACUGCCAACCAAAUAUAAAAAAAGCAACUAUAUGUAGCAUAGUGGAGCAACUGAGAAAUUAAUAUAUGUACAGAUAAUAUGAUCACACAUACAGUAGCAAUACAAAGCUAAGGCUACCUGAGCAGGUGUCACAGCUCAAUAUAGUGCUGAAAGCACUUUCACAUUCCUGCCAUCUCUGAGAUUUUGUUUCUGUAUGGACAUCCAGGCUUUUAGGAGUGCUGUAUUGAAUAGGAAGAGAAAAGUCUUUUUUCCAAGCUACCAUAUGUUUUAUUUCAGUAUGCAAUAUUUCUGCAAAACCGUACCUAAUUGGACUGUUUUAAAAAAACGUACUGGUUGUGGGAGUCUUGCCAAAGCAGUUACAAGUUUGGUUGUUGUCAAGUCACCGGCCAAUCUUUAAUGACACUGCCAUAUAUUACAGCACAUAAGAAAUUAAAACCAUGAAGCAGUUUUUUGCUUUUAAGUAAAACAAGAUAGCUAUUUUUCAAGAAAACAAAACGAAACAUGACAACAGCCAUUCUUAACAAGUCCAGUGUUAUCUUAAGCUAUGAAGGUGAUAGAGUGGGGAAACAUAUAGAAAAACAAAAUCUAACUUUUGUGGGAGAAAUAACUGACUACACUGGACAAAGGCUUGAUCAGUCAUAAAUAUGCAUUUGGUGUAUAAAGUUCUGUUCUGUAAAAUGUUUUCUUAUCUACUGUGCACUAUAUCAACAAGGGGAAGAAGGUCAUACCAAAUUAUGAUGAUGUGCAUCUCUUAAACGUGUACACUGCCAUUUUGCUGUUUGUUUCUUAUUUUUCAUGUGAACUUGUUUUAUGUGAAUGUAAAUAUGUUAAUAAGAAAUUCUAGAAACAAGGGCAUGAAAAGGCCUGUGGAAAAAACAACAUUGUCUCAGUAGUGUGGAUUAUUUUUUAUGUUUGUCUAUGUUAUUAAAA